AUGCUGGCCGUCCGCUGCGCGCUGCUGAGCGCCCUGCUCGCCGCGCCGGGGGCGGCCGUGGCCCCCGGGGACUGCCCCGCGCUGGAGGUGGCAGGUAAUGUGCUGACUAGCUUGCCCGGGGGCAGUGUUACCCUGACCUGCCCAGGCGGGGACCCAGGAGACAAUGCCACCAUUCACUGGAUGCUCAGGAGGCCGGCACCAGGCUCACACCACGGCAGAAGGGUUGGUGAGGGAAGGACGCUGCUUCUGAGGUCGGUGCAACUCAGCGACUCUGGAAACUACUCAUGCUUCCUGGACGGCCAUCUCGCUGGGACUGUGCGUUUGCUGGUGGAAGUUCCCCUUGAGGAGCCCCAGCUCUCCUGCUUCCGAAAGAGCCUCCUCAGUAACGUUGGUUGUGAGUGGAGUCCUCGAAGUCCCCCCUCCCCGAUGACCAAGGCCGUGUUACUGGGGAGGAAGCUUCAGAACAACCCACUGGAGGACUUCCAGGAGCCGUGCCAGUAUUCCCAGGAGUCGCAGAAGUUCUCCUGCCAGCUGGCAGUCCCAGAGGGAGACAACUCUUUCUACAUAGUGUCGCUGUGCGUCGCCAACAGUGCUGGGAGCAAGUCCAGCAGACCCCAAACAUUUCAGGGUUACGGAGUCUUGCAGCCAGACCCACCUGUCAACAUCACGGUCACUGCUGUGGACAGAAACCCCCGCUGGCUCAGAGUCACCUGGCAAGACCCCCCGUCCUGGAACUCUGAUUUCUACAGGCUACAGUUUGAGCUCCGCUACCGGGCCGAACGGUCAAAGACAUUCACAACAUGGACGGUCAAGGAGGCCCAUAAUCACUACAUCAUUCGAGACGCCUGGAGUGGCAUGAGGCAUGUGGUGCAGCUGCGAGCCCAGGAGGAGUUUGGGCAUGGGCUGUGGAGCGAGUGGAGCCAUGAGGUCUCCGGCAUCCCUUGGACAGAACCCAGGCCUUCUCAAACUGAGACGGAGUUUGGCCCCUCCACGCAGGUACCGACUACUUCUGCAGACAAUGAAGAUUCUCUUUCUAUGGAUUCUGUAAAUGCAACAAGCCUCCCAGUGAAAGAUUCUUCUUCCAUAACACUGCCCACAUUCCUGGUGGCUGGAGGAAGCCUGGCCUUCGGAGCGCUCCUCUGCAUCGGCAUCGUCCUGAGGUUCAGGAAGACAUGGAAGCUGCAGGCGCUGAAGGAAGGCAAGACGAACAUGCACCCGCCGUACUCUCUGGGACAGCUGGUCACCGAGAGACCCAAGCCCACCCCAGUGCUGGCUCCCCUCAUCUCUCCACCUGUGUCACCCAGCGGCUCUGGGAUUGACAGCAUGUCGAAGCACGGCCGCCCAGAUGAGGGGGGUCUGCGGAGCCCUUAUGACAUCAGCAACAGAGACUACUUCUUCCCCAAAUAGCUCACCGGUGGCCCUGGCAGGCGGGGGUGCAGGCCUGCUGAACUGUGGCCAGUGAAGCACAGACUGGUUUAGUAAAAGAUGCUUCUUAUUUACUGCCAUUCUAGCUCAUCUCAGGGGCCUGGAGCCUCCAGCAUCAUUGUACAGAAAGCUCUGCCCUGGUGAAUACGGGUUUGCUGUGUCUGUUCAGAAGGAAGAGGUGCUUGAGUUUUAAAACCAGCCUUCCCCAAAUGAGCAGCUUACAGGUGAGGGUGGCCUCGACCCUGUGGAGACAGUCGUGUCAACACCCUGCUGGACACUCGAACGGGUGGAGUCCAGCUGCUGUGCGGGCCUUGGAGAGCCCGGGCUUGGUGGGACAAGCUGCUGGCCACCCACAGACCAGACACAGUUCCACAGACUGUGCCCUUGGGCAGCGGGAUGGAUUUCCAGCCAAGGAUCCCUCAGUUGCCUAUCCCCUGGCCCACUGCUCAGUUUUGUUUUCUGGUUGAAACCUAAGUGCCUUAGCAUCCAGUUUCUCAAGGCCUGACAGUGGCUUUUCAUGAACCUCUGAGGCUGGGGGAAGCUCUCCCCCGUCUUCCCCACACAGCUGAGAGGUGAUGGGGAAUGGUAUCUCAGGGCCUGAUGGUUUGAAAUGGAAUUAUAAUUAGUUCCUCAUUAGCAUUAGCUAAAUGUGAAUGACAGUCCUAGGCACUUGCUGAAUCCAGAAGCAGCUGUGCUGGCGGGAAUUCUUUCUUUGGAUCCCAGGACUUCAGGAGGAGAGAAGCAGCAGAGG